AGUCUAGCUGCAGUUUCUGCUCAGUGACAUCCUUACCCUUCUAUUCAGGUUCUCCUCCUCAGGUUUGGCAUUAGGUUUGCUAAAUGAUAACCAUGUCUUUGAUCUGGGGGAUUGUGAUAGCAAUGUGCUGCUGUUUGUGGCUUAUCCUGGGAAUGAGGAGAAGAAAAAUGGGUGAACCGCCUCUGGAGAAUGGGCUGAUUCCAUACCUAGGAUGUGCUCUGCAGUUUGGUGCCAAUCCGCUCGAGUUCCUCAGAGCAAAUCAAAGGAAAUAUGGUCCUGUUUUUACCUGCAAACUAAUGGGAAACUAUGUCCACUUCAUCACAAACCCCUUGUCAUACCAUAAAGUGUUGUGCCAUGGAAAAUACUUUGACUGGAAAAAAUUUCAUUUCACUACUUCUGCAAAGGUAUUUGGGCACAGCAGCAUUGACCCAAGUGACGGAAAUACCACUGAGAACAUAAGCAAAGCUUUUGUCAAAAAUCUGCAGGGCGAUGCCUUGAAUUCCCUCACAGAAGCCAUGAUGGAAAACCUGCAACUUGUCCUGAGACCUCCAGUCGCUCCUGACUUGAAGAGGCCUGCCUGGGUGACAGAAGGGAUGUACGCCUUCUGCUACCGAGUGAUGUUUGAAGCUGGGUAUUUAACUCUCUUUGGCAGGGAUCUUACAGAACAAGAUGCACUCAUUCUAAAUAAACUUGACAACUUCAAGCAAUUUGACAAAAUCUUUCCGGCCCUGGUAGCAGGCCUCCCCAUUCAUGUGUUCAAGACUGCACACCAAGCCCGGGAAAAACUGGCAGAGGGCUUGAGGAACGAGAACCUGGGAAAGAGAGACCACAUGUCAGAGCUGGUCAGGUUCCUGAAUGACAUGCUCUUCACCUUAGAUGACAUGGAGAAGGCCAAGACGCAACUUGCUGUUUUGUGGGCAUCGCAAGCAAACACCAUUCCAGCCACUUUCUGGAGCUUAUUUCAAAUGAUAAGGAGUCCUGAAGCAAUGAAAGCAGCUACUGAAGAAGUGAAUAAAACACUAGAGAAUGCUGGUCAAAAAAUCAGCUUUGACGACAAACCUAUUAGUUUGAAUCAAAUGCAACUGAAUGACAUGCCUGUAUUAGAUAGUAUCAUCAAGGAGUCUCUGAGGCUCUCCAGUGCCUCCCUGAAUAUCCGGACUGCUAAAGAGGAUUUCACUUUGCACCUCAAGGAUGGUUCCUAUAAUAUCCGCAAAGACGACAUCAUAGCUCUGUAUCCUCAGUUAAUGCAUUUAGAUCCAGAAAUCUACCCAGACCCUUUGACGUUUAAAUACGAUCGUUAUCUAGAUGAAAACGGGAAGACAAAGACUGCUUUCUACAGCAAUGGACUCAAGUUGAAAUAUUACUACAUGCCUUUUGGGUCUGGAGUGACAAUAUGUCCUGGAAGAUUAUUUGCUGUCCAGGAAAUCAAGCAAUUUUUGAUCCUGAUGCUUUCCCUCUUUGAACUAGAGCUUGUGGAGAGCCAUGUUGAAUGUCCCCCUUUGGAUCAGUCCCGCGCAGGCUUGGGCAUUUUACCACCAUUAAAUGAUAUCGAGUUUAAAUAUAAAUUCAAACAUUUGUGAAUACAUGGUUGGGAGAAAGAGGAAAUUAGAUGAUGUGACAAAUUGUGGAAUGUCACCACUUCUUCGUCCCUUUGGCAGGUGCACAUAUUGGUAGUGGGACUGAUUCAGCAGGUUCAGUUCUGUUCACAGGUACACGCCUGUGCAUCUUAACAUUUUGGUGAUGGUUUCCAGAAGCUAUCUCAGACUGCGUUAAUGAAGAAAACUAGUUUCUAGAAGCAUUAUAAUGUGUUUUCAUUUGAAUAAGUCAAUGAAUGUUCAUGUAGCUUGGGACUAAACUUCAUUAUUUUCAGAGGAAAAAGUCUUUUAUUUUCCAGAAUGAAGAUAUUCCAAUUGGUAGAAUAUUUUUCCUAAGGAAACUGCUUUAUUUUUAUAAAAACCACUUAACAAUUAUGAAAGAGUUACAAAUUCACGUUUUAGUGAAACUGCAUGAAUUUUUGUCUACAUGUGGAACUCUUCAGGUGUAGAUGUAUAUUAUAAAGGAUAUUUUAAAAGAUUAAAUUAUGCUUUUUAAUGAAAAGAAAACAUUGUUCAGCUUUCCUUAGAUCCAGUUUUCAGGGAUUUAAAAAUGAUGAUCUGUUGUUCUGAAAA